AGCCGGGUAAGCAGGAAGGAGAAGAAGGCUGUAGCCGAAGCCCAAAAGCACUUGUGUGACUUUUAUUAUUGAUGCAGCAGCACCAUGUAGUAAAGGCUAAUUCAGCUAUGAAGGAGAAAUAAUAAGAGUCCGUGAGGUCUGCCUGUAGGCAGGAGGUGCCCUUGUUCGACCUGGCUGCCACUGGGAGAGGGACCUACUGAAGCAGCAUGUCUGAUGAGAAUGAGUCUUGCUGGUCAGGGAAUGGAUCUGUGGGUGUUCUCACCUGUCUGCUGUUGGCCUGGGAGGACUGGGCUGGCCUGGGAAAUCUAGAAGACUACCUCAGCUUCCUGGAGUACUUACUCUGGGUCUUUACCCCGCUGGCCAUCGUCUUUAUCCUGCCUUUCCUCAUAGUCAUCUUCCUCUACCUGUCCAUCCUCUUCCUCCACGUAUAUAAACGCAAGAACCAGCUGAGGGAAGCCUACUCCUAUAACCUGUGGGACGGGGCGAGGAAGACUCUGGCCACUCUGUGGGACGGCCAUGGUGCCAUAUGGCAUGGUUACGAAAUCCAUGGUCUAGAAAAGAUCCCAGACGAAGGCCCUGCCCUCAUCGUCUACUACCAUGGAGCGAUCCCUAUCGACUACUACUACUUCCUGGCGAGUCUCAUCAUACAGAAGGGCCGCACCUGUCACUCGGUUGCUGAUCACUUCUUGUUCAAGGUCCCAGGAUUUAAGCUGCUUUUGGAGGUAUUCAGUGUGAUCCACGGGCCUCAGGAGGAGUGUGUAAAAGCCCUGCGCAGCGGCCACCUGCUGGGCAUCUCCCCGGGAGGUGUACGGGAAGCCCUUUUCAGUGACGAGACGUACCCCCUGGUCUGGGGGAAACGCAAGGGCUUUGCACAAGUGGCCAUUGAUUCCAAAGUGCCAAUUAUUCCCAUGUUUACUCAAAACGUCCGGGAGGGAUUCCGCUCCCUGGGAACGCUAAAGUUUUUCAGAUGGUUGUAUGAAAGGUUUCGGCUGCCGAUUGCACCUGUGUAUGGGGGAUUUCCUGUCAAAUUCCGCACUUAUUUAGGCGACCCCAUUCCUUAUGACCCCAAACUGACUGCAGCAGAGCUGGCAGAAAAGGUGCAGGCAGCAGUUCAAGCACUUAUCGACAGACACCAAAAGGUUCCUGGCAACAUCCUGCGGGCCCUGCUGGAGCGAAUCCACACCAGGCCCAAAGUGGAAUAGCGCGCAGAGUUUUCCUCGGAUUCUUCUACGGCAAUUCCAGAGCAGGCCCAAAGAGGAACAGCACAGCGCUUUCUCUCAGGCUUCUGAACUUCAAAAAGUUUUAUUCCCAGCAUGAUUUAACCGGAAACUGGAAGUAUUAUGGAACUAAUCUAUAUCAUCGCCGUAUGAUAGUUUGAUGUUACUGAUACUGAGAUAUUGACCUUUGUGUGGCACGUAAUUAUCAGCAAAUGUCACGGAAAAUGGCAUAUCUAAUAAUGGUGUCUGUAUCGUGUCUGGUCUGGUUUCUAGUCUCGUGUGCAUGUGAAGUGCAAGAAUGUGUGGUUUCUCCUUGUGUGUGCUCUUUUUUUUGUGUGUGUGUUAUGUUUUUUUAAUCCGUGACUUAUUUGCACACUUUGAUCUGUUUGAAGGACCACUGCCAAAAAAAAAGAAAAA